AUGAGCGACCGCGGCACGAAAACUGGCCUAUAUCCGCUCGCGCUGUGCUCGGCGGCGUUCAGCUCGGCGUACGCGGCGAAGAUGAGCUCUCCGGGCGGACCGGAAGUGGACCAAGAGUCGCCGGAGCGCCUGGCGGUGGUGCUGUACGCACUAGCGACGGGGUGGAGAUGUAAGAACGCGAGCAUCGCCGACUCGGGCAAGAGGGAACGGCGUGGGAUCAGCAGGCGCAGACGCGCGGGCAGCGCGAGGACGAGCUACAUUCAAGUGGUGCGGGAGGAGAGCGCUUCGGGCGAGACUUUGACUGCGGGGCCCCUGGAUGUAGUGCAGCAGGAGCAGGAGGACGUCGAAGGUGAUGAAGCUGGAGGAGGAGCAGGCAGACCACAUCCCCGAGGAGACGACGAAGGAGAAGACCGAGAAGGCCGCGACGAAGGAAGAGGCUCUUGCGACAGCAGCAAGGCGGCCGGCUUGUCCGCGGAUGCCAACGGCGCUGUGAAUGUCUUGGGUACGGCUGGGCGUUCCGCCCGCUUGAAGCGAUGUCCGCCGACCAAGACGACGGAGUCGAUGCCGACCAAAGUGGCGAGCGCAGUGACCAGCGAGGACGUGAGCGGUGACGCGACCCGCAGCGCGCUACUACACCUGGACGCCCACUGA